CACUGCAGUAGACUAUGACUGAUUUUUGGCACAUGCUAUCAUACACAAAGUUCCUAAAAUAAAAUGUUUCAGGAUAUCCUAGGAACUCUUAGAAGGCUUUAAAAGGGUACUAGCACACUGAAAGGGUAACUUUUGACUACGACAGUCCAGACAAAGAGAGUGGCUGUUGUAGCAGAACUACAUGACUAAUUGAGAUCUUGAAGUGGAUGUGGACUGUCCUUGCCACCUAACUUAUCAUGGUUAGGGGAGGCUGAGAAUCCAGUUUUGAUAAAGACAGUUUUUUUUUUUUCCCUCCCCAAGUGACUAUACAUUUAAAUAGCUAAAACAUCUGUGCAGCAACCUAGUAAAACAUGUAGACUCGGAACGUUUGAGCAAAAAGCCUGCCAAACAAUUGCUUGAGAGGGACUUUGCUGAGGGAGAGCACCAAGAUAAAGCAACUGCUGUUUGUUUUGUCUAGUCAAGGGAGAGCCAAGGCAACCAAUAUUUUGAGUUUCUUUUAUUCUAUUUGUGAAGGAUUAUUUGAGAAAGGGUGUCGUGGGGAAGUUUCCUGACAGGAAUUUUUAAAGCUGUCUGUUAGCAAGAGAGUCUUGGAUGUCAUCGCCUGACAAACUCUUUGAGACCAGCUACCAAACCACGAGAAGUGACUUUCUUUCUGAGUCUUCUCUCCGGUCCUUCUGAUGGAAGCAGAGACAGGGAACACCAUGGAGACUGGAAAGGGGAACAACCGAGGCAUUCGAAUUGCACUGGCCCUGUUCAUUGGUGGCACCCUGGUGCUGGGCACACUGCUCUUUCUAGUGAGUCAAGGUCUCCUAAGUUUCCAGUCUAAACAGGAGUACUGCCUGAAGCCAGAGUGCAUAGAAGCCGCUGCUGCCAUCAUGAGCAAAGUAAAUCUUUCUGUGGAUCCUUGUGAAAAUUUCUUCCGGUUUGCUUGUGAUGGCUGGAUAAGCAAUAACCCAAUUCCUGAAGACAUGCCAAGCUAUGGGGUUUAUCCUUGGCUGAGACACAAUGUUGAUCUCAAGUUGAAGGCACUUCUGGAGAAAUCAGUCAGCCGAAGGCGGGACUCUGAAGCUGUACAGAAGGCCAAAAUCCUUUAUUCAUCCUGCAUGAAUGAAAAAGCAAUUGAAAAAGCAGAUGCCAAGCCACUGCUCCACAUCUUGCGGCAUUCACCUUUCCGCUGGCCAGUGCUUGGAGCUAAUAUUGGUCCUGAAGGAGUUUGGUCAGAGAGAAAAUUCAGUUUACUGCAAACACUUGCAACGUUCCGAGGUCAAUACAGCAAUUCUGUGUUCAUCCGUCUGUAUGUGUCUCCUGACGACAAGGCAUCCAAUGAACAUAUCUUGAAGCUAGACCAAGCAACACUCUCCCUGGCUGUGAGGGAAGACUUCUUGGAUAAUAGCACCGAAGCCAAAUCUUAUCGGGAUGCCCUUUACAAAUUCAUGGUGGACACUGCUGUGCUUUUAGGAGCUAAUAGAUCUCGAGCUGAACAUGACAUGAAGUCAGUGCUUAGACUGGAAAUUAAGAUAGCUGAGAUAAUGAUUCCACAUGAAAACCGAACCAGUGAGGCCAUGUAUAACAAAAUGAACAUUUCAGAGCUCAGUGCUAUGAUUCCCCAGUUUGACUGGCUGGGCUAUAUCAAGAAGGUCAUUGAUACCAGACUCUACCCACACUUGAAAGACAUCGGCCCCUCGGAGAAUGUGGUGGUCCGCGUCCCACAGUACUUUAAAGAUUUGUUUAGGAUAUUAGGCUCUGAGAGGAAGAAAACCAUUGCCAACUAUUUGGUGUGGAGAAUGGUUUAUUCCAGAGUUCCAAACCUCAGCAGACGCUUUCAAUAUAGGUGGCUGGAAUUUUCAAGGGUAAUCCAGGGGACCACAACUCUGCUGCCUCAGUGGGACAAGUGUGUUAAUUUUAUUGAAAGUGCCCUCCCUUAUGUUGUGGGGAAAAUGUUUGUGAAUGUUCACUUCCAGGAGGAUAAGAAGGAAAUGAUGGAGGAAUUGAUUGAGGGUGUUCGCUGGGCCUUUAUUGACAUGCUGGAGAAAGAAAAUGAAUGGAUGGAUGCAGGAACAAAAAGGAAAGCCCAAGAAAAGGCAAGAGCUGUUUUGGCAAAAGUUGGCUAUCCAGAGUUCAUAAUGAAUGAUACUCAUGUUAAUGAAGACCUCAAGGCAAUCAAAUUUUCGGAAUCGGACUACUUUGGCAAUGUACUGCAAACCCGCAAGUAUUUAGCACAGUCUGAUUUCUUCUGGCUAAGAAAAGCUGUUCCCAAAACAGAGUGGUUUACAAAUCCAACAACGGUCAAUGCCUUUUACAGUGCAUCCACCAACCAGAUACGAUUUCCUGCUGGUGAGCUGCAGAAGCCUUUCUUUUGGGGAACAGAAUAUCCUCGAUCCCUGACUUAUGGUGCUAUAGGAGUAAUUGUGGGACAUGAAUUUACACAUGGAUUUGAUAAUAAUGGCAGAAAAUAUGAUAAAAAUGGAAACCUUGAUCCUUGGUGGUCUGUGGACUCAGAAGAAAAGUUUAAGGAAAAAACAAAGUGCAUGAUUAACCAGUAUAGCAACUAUUAUUGGAAGAAAGCAGGCUUAAAUGUGAAGGGGAAGAGGACUCUGGGAGAAAAUAUUGCUGAUAAUGGAGGUCUGCGAGAAGCCUUUAGGGCUUACAGGAAAUGGAUAAAUGAUAGAAGACAGGGAGUUGAAGAGCCUCUUCUACCAGGCAUCACCUUCACCAACAACCAGCUCUUCUUCCUGAGUUAUGCUCAUGUGAGGUGCAAUUCCUAUAGACCAGAAGCUGCCAGAGAACAAGUCCAAAUUGGUGCUCACAGUCCUCCACAAUUUAGGGUCAAUGGUGCAGUUAGCAACUUUGAAGAAUUUCAGAAAGCUUUUAACUGCCCACUGAAUGCCACCAUGAACAGAGGAGUGAAUUCCUGUCGACUCUGGUAGCUGGAGUGCUGGUUUCUGCCCUCCUGGCAGAACUGAAGAUUGCCAGUAGAGGUGGCACUAAUGUCUUCAGCACCUCUUACUUUCUGCCUAUAUUUUGUUAAAGACUUUUAUUUUUAAUGCAUUUUCAUUAUUUGGGUAGAUGACUUUCUUAGAUCUAAACAGUAUCUUUUCAAAGUCAUUGGAUUUAGAAAAGUGAUUCAAGAACUGAACCAAAUACAUUUUUUUUUAUUUUUUUAAUUUUAUUUUUUUCUUAUCAGUUACAUUUUAUUAACUCUGUAUCCCAGCUGUACCAAAUACAUUUCUUUACAAAGCCAAACCAAUGAGAACAAGUGGCAAGUCUACUUGGUGAAACUGAUCUCAGCAGACAUCCCUAUUACCCACUUCUGUUAGCUAUAGCUAGGUGGUACCUAGCAUUUCAACUUAUAGCUUUUCAGGGAAGAUGUGUGCCCUGUGGUGUCUAAUUAUUACAAGACAUUUCUUAAUUCUAAGGUAGUUGAAUCAUAAGUUUGUUGGAUCUCUAUUUUAUAAAUUCUGAUAAAGUUUUUCCAUUCAGUUUUGGAAUCUAUUGGAAAAUUUUAGCUCAGAACUUACAGCUUAUGUAACUAACUGCCCUGCUUAAGUAAACGUGAACAAAGAUGGCAUAAAGCCCAGUAGGUAAAGGAUUUGGGUUUAUAAAUUAGGGGAGGAAAUAAUGCAUCUUUAAUUGCCAGCAGUAUUAAAAAAAUAAUAACAAUAACUAGUCACACAACAACAAAGAUACUAGAAAUGAAAUCUCCAAACUUUAAUCUAGUCCCCGGACCUCAGUGAGCAUCAAUCUGGUGGAUAAGAAUCAUGGAACAGUUCCUGUUUUGUUUUGUUCUGCUCAGAUGUGUGCAUCUCCUAACUCUGAACUGAGCAGACAUCCUGUUUCCAUGUCAGCAACAUAUGGCUUUAAUUUCCCUUUAGCACAACAAUAUAAACACAACACUGAGGAGGGAGUAAAAAAAAAAUGCUCUUCUAUCUCAGCCCAGUUCAUAUUACCUCUCCUUAAAAGAAAAUUCCUUUCAAAAGCUUCUAGAAUGAAAGCAUUUGAGUAUAUAUGGAUCCAAUUUAAGCAAUACUGCCUAGAUCUAAAGGACACAGCUUUACUCUUCAAGUCUUACAAAGGGUUUACUUUUUAAAAAGCAAUACUAUAUUUUGAUCCUUAGAGCAUUAUUUUGUAAUCAGCACCUUCACACUUAAUCAAUUAACUUAGUGUUACCAUGUAUUUAUGUAGGAUAAAAUUGUUAUCACAUUUAAGAGUAUAUGUAGAAUAAAGGUGUACUGGCAUUCAAGUGGCUACUUGGUAUUUCCUGUUC